GGUUUCCCUUUCCAGAGACCCGGAGCUGGAUCCGGUUCACCUUGGCCCCAAGCACGCCUUUGACCCAGGGGAGGAGGAAAGCCAGCAGGUCCGACAGGCUUUUCGGGGCUUCGUCAGCCGCGAGGUGGUGGGGAGAGCAGCGAAAGGAAAGAGCCUGCACGCUUUUUGACCCCCCUGCGUCUCAUUCCCUUUUGCUCAGCCUGCCCUGUGCCCACCAUGUUUUUCACGGCAACACUCAGCACAUUGUUUCUCCUGGGAGUCCUGCCCUCUACGGCCAGAGAGCAUCGGGGCCACAUUUCGGUGGUCCUCCUCGGCGCCACGGGAGACCUGGCCAAGAAGUACUUGUGGGAAGGCCUCUUCCAGCUCUACCUGGACGAGGUGAGCAGCGGACACACCUUCACGUUCUACGGGGGCGCCCAGGCAGAGCUCGAGCCAGGCCAGAAACUGAUGUUUGAGCGGCUGAAGAGACUGACGUGUCCGUCAGACGUGGUGCCGGACCGCUGCGCCAUACUGAAGGACCAGUUCUUGAGGCUGACGCAGUACCACCAGCUGAAGACGGCGGAGGGCUACGCCGCCCUCAGUGAAGAAAUCUCGACCAUGCUGAGUCAGGAAGGCCUGGCGGAAGCCGGCCGGCUCUUCUACUUCUCCGUGCCCCCCUUUGCCUAUGCGGAGAUUGCCCGCCACAUCAACGGCAGCUGCCGGCCGCCUCCUGGGGCGUGGCUGCGCGUGGUCCUGGAGAAACCGUUUGGCCGCGAUCUCAAGUCUGCCCAGCAGUUGGCGGAGGAGCUGAGGACGUUCUUCCGGGAAGAGGAGAUGUACCGGGUGGACCACUACCUCGGCAAGCAGGCUGUGGCCCACAUCUUGCCCUUCCGAGACCAGAACCGGCAUCAUUUGGACCCGAUCUGGAACAGGCAUCACGUUGAGAGGGUGGAAAUUGUCUUAAAGGAGACAGUGGAUGUGAAAAAUCGAACCAGCUUCUACGAAGAAUACGGGGUCAUCCGUGACGUCCACCAAAACCACCUCACGGAAGCCCUGAUGUUUCUCACCAUGGAGCUCCCGGCAAACGUCAGCAGCUCCGAAGACGUUCUCCACAGCAAGCUGCGGACUUUCCAGUCGCUGCGAGGCCUGGAUAAAAGGAGCGCCGUGAUUGGCCAGUACGAGACAUACGGCAGCCACGUGAGGGAGGAGCUCCAGAAAGGGCCGAACUAUUUCAGCCGAACGCCCACUUUUGCUGGGGUGCUGAUUCACCUGGAGAGCCUGCGCUGGGACGGAGUCCCCUUCCUCCUCACCUCGGGAAAAGUCCUGGAUGAGCGAAUCGGCUACGUCCGCGUCCUGUUCAGGAAACGGGCCUUCUGCACCCAGAACGAAACGGCACGGGGCAGCGCGAGCAGCCCGUGCAGACGCAAGCAGAUCGUUUUCUACAUCGGGCACGGGGAGCUGAAUUCCCCCGCCGUCCUCGUGAGCCGUAACCUCUUCAAGCCCGUCAUGCCGGAAGGCAGCUGGAAGGCCGUCUCGGAUCGCCCGCGGCUGCGUCUCUUCGGACAGCCUCUCUCCGAUUACUACACGUACCUCCCCGUCAAGGAGAGAGACCCUUAUGCGGUCCUCAUCUCUAGGAUCUUCCAUGGCAAGAAGGAGUCCUUCAUCACCACCGAGAACCUGCUGGCAUCCUGGGAGUUCUGGAGCCCCUUGCUGGACAGCUUAGCCGGGGAACUGCCUCGUCCGUACCCGGGAGGCCCACAAAACCAGCACCUCCUGGAUUUUGAGAUGGUGGGCGGAGAAGUGUCCUUUGUGGUGAAGGAGGCGCUAAAGAUGAUGGGGGCCAGCGACGAGCAAAUGCCGGACCAGUACAAGACCCUGCAUUCCCGGUUCCGGCAAAACCAACUGGUGACCGCUUGGCCGGAAGAACUGAUCGACCGCCUGGCGUCUGACAUGGAAGCCGCCGCCACCAGCGCCGUGGAGAGAGCGGGCCAGUUCCACUUGGCGCUCUCCGGCGGGUCGAGCCCGCUGGCUCUGUUCAAGCGCCUGGCCGCCCAUCACUACGGCUUCCCCUGGAAGCACACCCACUUGUGGCUGGUGGACGAACGCUGCGUCCCCCUGACCGACCCGGAGUCCAAUUUCCGGAACCUGCACGACCACCUUCUGCAGCACGUCCGGGUCCCCUACUUCAACAUCCACCCCAUGCCGGUCCACCUCAACCGGCGGCUCUGCGUGGAGGGCGACAAGGGGCCGGAGCUGUACGCCGGCGAGAUUGCGGCCUUGGUGACCAACAGCAGCUUCGACCUGGUCCUCCUCGGGGUGGGCAUCGACGGGCACACGGCCUCGCUCUUCCCCCAGUCCCUCGUGGGCCUGGAAGGGAGCCCGGGCGUGGUGCUCACGGAGAGCCCCGCCAAACCGCACCAGCGUAUGACCCUCAGCUUGCCGCUCAUCAACAGAGCCAAGCGGGUGUCCGUGCUGGUGAUGGGGAAGAGUAAACACGACAUCGUGACCCUGGUCAGCCGGGUGGGGCAGGAGCCGAAGAAGUGGCCCAUUUCUGGGGUCAACCCCAGUUCGGGCCACAUAGCCUGGUACGUGGACUACGAAGCUUUGUUUGGAUGAUCCGUAGCGAUCUCCUCCUCUUUCACGCCCGUCGUUCGGGAUAACCCUUGUGGUUAGAACCGUUGCUUCUCUGAAAUCCUAGAGAGGGAGUCUGUUGUGGGGGAGAGGAAGAAAUCCGCUGCCUAUUAAUGGCAGAAGCACUGGGAUUUCCUUAACCGAUCUCAAUCUUUUCAAGUAUUCUGCUUCCUCUGGAACCCAGCCUGAUCUCUCCCCCCAACACCCCCACCCACUAAUCUGGGAAAUCCAGAAGGGGUUAACACCUUUCCCUGUCGUUUGUCAUCUUCUGGGCGUGGAACGGGGGUCACUGGGGA